GGCGCUACAGUUCAUCCUGAGGGGGGACAUGAAGGUCUGAAGCACAUUUAAUCACUAUCCAUCCAACAGAGAGCCCUACAGUCAGACAUCAACACCACCUGCAGAGAAUAAACCCUGUUAUUCAGGUCAGACGAUGCAGGAGCUUCAGUGUAGUGGCUCUGACAGCCUGAUGGUGGCACUGCUGAGUCUGCAGACGAGGAUGAUCUCUGGCUCCUGAACUGCUUACCUUAAUCCCAUUAGCUCAGACACUCAGAUUACAGAUUACUGUCUGUCCACAGGGGGCGGGCCUCCAUUGACCCCGCCCCCUGACCUCAGACUGUGUGUGUGUGUGUGAUUAAAGUGGAUUUAGACGUUGACUGGCAGCAGAUGAAGAUGGACGGCAGCUCUGAGAGACGGUGAAUCUUCUCUCUGACGACCUGGAGUCUGCCAGUGACAUUAUCAGCAGGUGACUCCCUUCCCAUGGUGCCCUGCAGCCUCCGGGGUCGCCAUGGGAGACGAGUCUUACCCAGAAUGCCGAGCUCAGGAGCUGUUUGACGAGUUUGUGUCGGCGUCGACCUGCAGGGCGACGCUGAGGUCCUUCAGCCAGCUGUGUGACCAUCUGCAGCUGGACCAGAGCGCCGCCGAGAGGCCUCUGUACCGGACCAUCAAGUGCCGCCUCAACUACUGGAGGGCCAACGCUCUGUGGGCCAAACUGGACCGAAGGGCCGGCCAGCAGGAGUACCAGAGGGCCCGGGUCUGCAGCAACACCACCUGCGUGAUUAUCGGGGCGGGGCCCUGUGGUUUGAGGACGGCGGUGGAGCUGAGCUUCAUGGGAGCUCGGGUGGUGCUGCUGGAGAAGAGAGACUCCUUCUCCAGGAACAACGUGCUCCACCUGUGGCCCUUCACCAUCCACGACCUGCGGGGCCUCGGGGCCAAAAAGUUCUACGGGAAGUUCUGUGCCGGCUCCAUCGACCACAUCAGUAUCCGUCAGCUGCAGCUGGUCCUCUUGAAGGUCGCCUUACUGCUAGGGGUCCAAGUCCACGUCAACGUGGAGUUUAAGAACCUGGUGGAGCCGCCGGAGGAUCAGCACAGGCACAAGGUGGGCUGGAGGAUGGAGGUGAGUCCAAAGUCUCAUCCUCUCAAUCAGCUGGAGUUUGAUGUCAUCAUUGGAGCAGACGGACGCAGGAACACACUACCAGGUUUCAGGCGUAAAGAAUUCAGAGGGAAGCUGGCCAUCGCCAUCACAGCCAACUUUAAAAACAGAAACACCACCGCUGAGGCCAAAGUGGAGGAGAUCAGCGGGGUGGCUUUCAUCUUCAACCAGAGGUUCUUUCAGGAACUACGGCAGGAAACUGGGAUCGAUCUGGAGAACAUUGUGUACUACAAAGAUGACACUCACUACUUUGUAAUGACGGCAAAGAAACAGAGUCUGUUGGAGAAGGGGGUCAUCAUCCAGGAUUUUGCAGACACCGCGCAGCUCCUCUCUCGUGGGAACGUAGAUCAGAAUGCGUUGCAAGCAUAUGCCCGCGAGGCAGCCAACUUCUCCACCAAUCACCAGCUGCCAUCGCUGGACUUCGCCAUAAAUCACUACGGUCAGCCGGACGUCGCCAUGUUCGAUUUCACCUGCAUGUACGCAUCAGAGAACGCCGCAAUGGUUCGUCAGCGACACGGACACCAGCUGCUGGUCACACUUGUGGGGGACAGUCUGCUGGAGCCCUUCUGGCCGAUGGGGACAGGAAUAGCUCGAGGGUUUCUGGCAGCUCUGGAUUCAGCCUGGAUGAUACGAAGUUGGGCCCAAGGCGGAGCUCCUCUGGACAUCCUGGCAGACAGAGAGAGUGUGUACCGUCUCCUCGCUCAGACGACUCCAGAAAACCUGCAGAAGAACUUCAGUCUGUUUACAGUCGAUCCAGCGACCAGAUACCUGAACAUCAACCGUUUGCUCACAACACCUGCUCAGGUGAGACAUCUGGUGGACACUGGAGAAGAGGCGGGGCUAAACACAGACUGUGGUGACAUCACCCGUGUGCCGUCACCCAGAUUCCCCAGACAGAGUUCUUUCUCUCAGUCCAAUAAGCUGCUGAGUUGGUGUCAGGAGCAGACUCGUGGUUAUCGCGGUGUUGACGUUAGAGACCUGACUACUUCCUGGAAGAGUGGCCUCGCUCUCUGUGCCCUGAUUCAUCGAUAUCGACCUGAUCUGAUUGACUUUGAGUCUCUGGAUGAGUCGUCGGUGGAAGAAAACACUCGUCUGGGCUUCGACGUGGCUGAACGGGAGUUUGGGAUUUCUCCUCUGAUGACGGUGGAAGAAAUGUCGUCUGUAGGAGAACCGGACUCUCUGUCUGUGGUGAUGUACCUGAGUCAGUUCUACCAGCUGCUCAAAGACACACCGCCCCCUGCUGUUUCAGGUUGUCUGAGUCAGAGUUCUGACCUGAGAUCAGCUCUCAUCACUCCGGCCUCCCUCCUCAGCAGACUGGGACUCAGCCCAUCCAGAAAGAGGAACCCAAAGGAGCAGAAAGACGCUCGGGGUAAAAGGAGGAAGACCAGCGGGCCGUGUCGAGAGCAGCAGGAGUCAUGUGACCGCAACGGGGAUGUCGACCGCCAGGAGUAUGAAGAGGCGUUUGUGGGCGGGUCCAGUCGCUCCAGAGUGCGUCUGAUGGCCAAUCAGCUGCAGGCGAAGCUGGACGAGAGCUCUACUUCCUGCAGGAGUUCUUCUUCUGCUGCUGCAGCUUUACGCCGCCAGAGGAAACGAACUCUUCAGCAGGAACAGAUGAGUUUUCGGUUCAAAGAGAAGAUCAAGUCUCAGUCUGCUCUCAGUGAGGAGGAGCAGGUACAGAGCUGCAGUGCAUGCUGUGUAUCCGUGGUGGUGUUAGUGUAGAGUUCUGUUUGUGUUGUUGUUGUCCAUCGUGUCCUCAGGCUGAAGCAGAGUGGCAGCAGUUGUCUUGACCUUGAUUCAGGACUGGAAGCUGCAGCAGCUCUGCAGGCUGCAACCAUGUGAUGCGUCUGCAGAUCAAUACCAGAGUGUCCUCACAUGAAUACUUUCUAUUGAAGAGAGAAGAGCUGACUUCAGAUCAGCCUGCAGCUCUAACCCCCAUCUGCUGACUCCACUGAACUUUACCAUCCUCCUUUAUUAAUACUUUAUUAAACUAAGAGCGUCUAACGGCUGCAGGUCUGCGUCACAGCGGCCUGAAGGCUCCUGACAGCACCGAUGCAGCGUGUUUUACUUUGUUCUGAGAGAGUUUGAAUUCUGCUUUCUCAGAUAAUCCCUGUAUUAAUAUUUGUAUUGUGUAAUUAUUACACAAUACAAAUAUUAUUAAAUUAUUAUUGUAA